CCGGCAUGCAUUGCGAGCCCGCCGACCCUGUAAGCUAGCCUUCUGGAUGCUAAGCUAGCUGCAGCGGACAUGUUGAAGCAACCCUUGCUUGGGUAACCAUUGCCGGCAGCAGGUGCUAAGUGGACGUCGGACCACCAUGGAUGCCGUCAACGCCUUCAAUCAGGAGUUAUUCUCCUUGAUGGACUCCAAGCCUCCAAUAUCUCGGGCCAAGAUGAUCUCCAUCACCAAGUCGGCCAUCAAGGCUAUGAAACUUUACAAGCAUGUGGUCCAGAUUGUGGAGAAGUUCAUCAAAAAGUGUAAGCCGGAGUACAAAGUGGCAGGCUUGUAUGUGGUAGAUUCUAUUGUCCGCCAGUCCCGGCACCAGUUCGGGGCGGACAAAGAUGUGUUUGGACCUAGGUUCACCAAGAACAUCACCGGAACCUUUGAGAACCUCUGCCUUUGCCCGCUAGAAGACAGGAGUAAGCUGGUGCGAGUGUUGAACCUUUGGCAGAAGAACGGCGUCUUCAAGAGCGAGGUCAUUCAGCCCCUCCUGGACAUGGCUGCCAGUGGUGGUGCAGCGCCCUACACGGGCUUCGACGAGCCAAGUUCCCCUCCAUCUCCAGCCAAAGAACCAGUCACCACAGUGACAGCCAACUCCAACAUGGCGCCUGCGGGUCAGCUGGAAAAACAGGACCCCUUCGCCGCAGUGGCGCAGCUCUUCCAGGCCACGCAGGGUCAGCAGCUUCAGCAGAUGCUACAGAACUUUCAGCAGCAGCCCGUCAAAGCAGAUACGGCCCCUCGGCCUCCUGCCCCACAGACAGACACCCAACACGUCACCCCCGUCUUUAGCCAAGCUCUCCAGCAUCCUCCCACGCCCUCCCAGCAGAAGACGGCGUUUGAUAGGACGCUGCUGGAUCGUUUUGACUAUGACGACGAACCAGAAGCUGGCGAUGACGCCAAAGAUGACUCCUCACAGCCCUCCUUUAUGCAGCAGCCUGCGGCCCUCCAAGCAUCCAUGUUGAGCAUGUCUCAGGACCUCUCGCAGCAGGUUCCUCUCCCUCCUAACGGCCAGCUCCCAGCCUAUGGCUUACUGCCGGGACAAGGCUUCCCGGUUAUGAUGCCUCCAAUGGGGCACAUUCUACCAGGCCAGCCCCACCCUGGUUCCACAGGACAGCCGGGCUUCCAGGGAGGUUUCCCGCCGCCUAGCUCAGCUCAUCAGGACUCGUCAGUUGAUGCGGGAUCGUCUGUGAGGGAUGGCAGACAAGGUCAAAGGUCACGAUCAGGCUCCAGGUCUCCGAAGCGGAGGAGGUCACGGUCCAACUCGCGCACACGCCGAUCCAGACACAGACGUUCCCGCUCGCGCUCCAGGGACCGCCGCCACCAAUCCCCGCGAUCUCGCUCACAGGACCGCAAGGAGAGGGAGCGGGAACGGGAGCGUUGCCAAAAGGGUCUUCCACCGUCCAAAAAUGAGACACUGAGCAUCUGCAGCACAACUCUUUGGGUGGGCCAGCUGGACAAGAGGACUCAGCAGCAGGAUGUGGCGUGUCUGCUGGAGGAGUUUGGACAGAUUGAGUCCAUCAAUAUGAUUCCUCCACGCGGUUGCGCCUACAUUGUCAUGAUACACCGACAGGAUGCAUUCAGGGCCCUGCAGAAGCUCAGUCGAGGGUCCUACAAAGUCAACCAGAAAGCCAUCAAGAUUGCAUGGGCACUCAACAAGGGUAUCAAAGCCGACUUCAAACAGUACUGGGACGUGGAGCUAGGAGUCACCUACAUCCCCUGGUCCAAAGUGAGGGAGGACCAGCUGGAGGACCUGAAAGAAGGAGGGAUCCUGGAUAUAGACACGUUGUCACCAGAGUGGAGCACAGUGAAGAAGGCCCUUAUGAACCCAGAGGAGCUCACCCACAAUGGUGGGGCAGAGUCCUCGCAGCCCGAGGAGGUGCACAUGUUAUCCGCAGCUCCUCCUUCACAGGUUCCUCCAAUGCAGCAGCAAAUGAUUGGCAUGGGAUCUGUGCAGCCUCCUGGCUUUCCUGCCCCAAUAGGAAUACCACCGCCUUCCUUCCCCCCAGGCAUGCCCCCGCCUCCGUUCAUCCGACCUGGCUUCAACCCCAUGCAGAUGCCUCCAGGUUUCCUCCCACCUGGGGCCAUGCCUCUUGGACCGCCACCCACUUCCAAAGGCGAAGACAUGCCUCUUGGCCCUGCAGGUCUGGUCAACAGGAAACUCGAGGUGGUCCCGGAUGCUUCCAACUUCUUCAAUAACCAGAUGGGGGCCAUGGGUAACCAGGUCGGUGUCCCUCCAGGGAACAUCCAGCCCCCUACUGGUGGUCUGCUGGGGACACGGCCUGGUUUAAUCCCACUGCAGCGCCCCCCAGGUCCUCCUUUGCUGCAUGGUCAGCGUUUCCCUCCACCCCAUGCGCAGCAGUCUCCUCUUCCCGCCAUGCCCCCCGUCCCGCCACAGAUGAUGCCCAGAGGGCCUCGCACUUCGAUGAUGCGCCAUGACGCCCCUCCACCCAAAGGAGGCUUUGGAAUGCCCCCUUCCCACAACAUAAGACCUCCAUUCCCUCCACACAGGCAAGGACUGCCUCCUCAAGGCCCCCCUCCACCUUUUAUCAGACCAGGGGCCCCCCGUGGUAUUGACGGGCCUGAAGAAACAGGUGGGCGCCCUUUCCGGGGUGAUCGACCGGGAUUCAGGGACCAGGAGCCCGAAAGGGAGAGAAACUGGGAUCGGGAGAGGGAUCGUGAGAGAGAUCGGGAGAGGGAUCGAGGAUUCAGUGGCGCAAGACGUCCAUUUGGCGAUGGGGGAAGGGGCGGUGAAAGAAUGGACGUGAGGGACAGACUCAGCAGCUGGCAGGAAGACGGUACACAACGGGGAGGCGGAUGGGAAAAGGACAGUGACAGACGGGACUGGAGGGACCGGCGAAGCAGCCUGGAUCGAGACCGGGAGCGAGGGAGAGGGGGUGAUGGGGACAGGGAGAACGGGAGAGGGGAAGGCGGAGAGAGAGGAAGGGCAGAAGGAGGGAGUCGGGAGAGUGGAAGAGCGGCUGAAGGCAAAGUAGGGGAGCGGCCCAAACGCCGCGAGAGGACCACGCGGUGGGACCGGGACGACCGACUGGCCGAGCUGGAGAACAUAGACAAGUUUCGGAAGCAUAACGCCACACAGCAGUUGGUUGCCAUGGAAACAGUGAAAGAGCCUGUUUUGGAAACCCCCCAAAAGACUCCUGAAUCCGCACCUUCAGCUCCACCCUCACAAUCAGCUCCUGCUGAGUCCCUGUCCUCCGAGGCUCAGAGUGAGCCUGUAGAAGCCAAACAGGAGGCGGCGUCUUAAGACUUAUAGGUAGAGAAAUACUUCCUGUGUGUAUACGUCACACUGUCACUUGACUUCAUGGCCUGUUUAACAAGCCAUCACAUGGAACUCACACCCCAAGAACUGGUUGCAUCUUCUCCUUCCUGUGUGUUGUACGAAUGCUCGCAUGUUGAUUUGACUUCUGUCUGUUUGGAGGUUCCUUCAGAGUAGACUUGAUCUUUUUAAUAUGUUUUAGAUUUAAAAAAGUAAAAUGUUUUUUGUUUUGUUUUGUUUUUUUUACUUCAAGGCCUCGUGUGUGUUUGCACAUCCAUCCCCAGCAACAGCAAUGUGUUUAUUUUUAAAAAUACCAUUUCGGAUUCACCAGUAUGCAUUUAACGUGGGCUAUCUUGUCAUUCACCUGCUUCUUGUUUUUAUUAGUACAAAUUGGGGAAAAAUAUUCGCUGGAAGUUUUGAAAAUAGCUUGCCUGUGGACCUUUUUCAUUUAAAUGUUGACUCUCAGCCAUUAAGUGGAACUGGUUUGGACAUUUACAAAUACUCUAAUUCAGUCAAGACUACAAUACAUCCCCUGUGAAAACAUUAAAAGAAUUUGGGAGCACAUUUAUCGAGCAAGCUUUUCUUGUGUUAUAAUUUGUAUUGUAAUUAUUCUUUAAAAAAUGGUAAAUAUCCCAAUUUAACUCAAAGAUCAAUCUCUGCAAACAAGCAUACAAAUUAUUUAAUUAAUGGAUUUGGUGCUGCUGUGUUUUCCUCACUGAACAAGCUAUGUUUCACUGCUGAAAUACUGUAUGUGAUUUUAGUUAACCCCGGAAGACCGACUUCUACUUGAAUCAUUUUAAUCACAAAGGAAGAGAGUGACGAAAUGAAGAGCACUGCUUGGAGCCGCCACUGUAAAUAAGCUUUUCACUGUCCGUACCAGGGUGUGAUGCUAAUUGUUUCUAACCUUUUUGCUUUGACAGCAAACGUGAAGUACAGCCCUUUGCUUUGAGAUUUUAACUUUGAACGUUGACAGUACAAAAGACAUGGAUGUAAAAUGUUCCGCAUUUCAGCCACAAAAUGUGUUUUUAAUAAACUAUUUUUGUACCAAAAUGUGUCA